AUGAGGGGAAGGAGCUACACUCCGUCACCACCAAGGGGUUAUGGGAAGAGGGGUCGAUCCCCAAGCCCUAGAGGAGGAGGAGGCCGAUAUGGUGGAGGUCGCAGCAGGGACCUCCCCACCAGUCUUUUGGUCCGCAAUCUACGCCAUGAUUGCAGGCAAGAUGAUCUCAAGAGGUCAUUUGAACAGUUCGGCCCUCUCAAGGACAUUUACUUGCCAAGGGACUAUUAUACUGGGAGGCGUAGCCCCCCUAGGUAUUCUCGUUCUCCUCCCCGUCGACGUGGUAGAUCUCGGUCAAGGAGUGGUGAUUAUUAUUCUCCUCCCCGAAGGCAUCACCCAAGGUCUAUCUCUCCCAGGGAAGAACGAUAUGAUAGAGGGAGAUCAUACUCGCGUUCACCAGCUUACAAUGGCUCAAGGGGUCGCAGUGUUAGUCGAGCCAGAGGUAAGAGCCGCAGCAUAAGCCGUAGCCCAAGAAGAGGUAUUAGCCCGAGUCCAAGAAGAAGCAUAAGCCGUAGCCCGAGUCCAAGAAGAAGCAUAAGCCGUAGCCCGAGUCCAAGAAGAAGCAUAAGCCGUAGCCGUAGCCCGAGGGGAAACAGUAGCCCGAGUCCCAGGAGAAACAUAAGCCGUAGCCCGAGAGGAAACAGGAGUCUGACCCCUAGGAGAAGCAGGAGUUACACACCUGAACAGGCCAGAAGCCGCAGCCCACGUGGGGAGCAAUACGAAGACCGUUCACCAAGCCAGUGAUUGAUUCUUCAUUCUUUCCAUAUCCAUCUCUAUGUUAUGAUUGUCUCUCUUUUUCGUAUCCUAAGACUGUUAUUUAUGAUUUGAAAAAGAUGAGUUCUAUGUAGGGUCGAAACUUGGCUUUUUUAUGUCUUGAGGGCUGAAUAUUUUAAUGGUUUGAUGAUCUUGAGUCUUAUGGGAACCUGCUAGUGUUACUGUGUCUUCUUUAAGAUUAAGUCUGGAGUUAUUAUGACGUUAGGACUAUCUGGACAAUGUGUUAGUUUGAAUCAGAAUCUCAGGAGACUCGUAUCUACCAUUGCGAUGUUGAUGCUGGAAGGGAAUCCAUGUCUGAAUAUUUUAAGAGACGUUUGGAGUCGAGAACUUACUAGUACAACGUUCUACGCCAUCAGAUUCAUUAUCUUCACCGAACCUGCCCUAUGUAAGGGCCUAAGAAAAUAUGUCUAUAUGCAAAAGACAAUGAGUUUUGACCAGAUAUUAAAUCAUCUGUAAUUUGUGUUUUUUCUGUAAACAUUCUAAGUUAUUACUAUUGUAUAUCUGAUUCUCCGUAAUCUCAUUC